CUACCCUACGCACUAGUCAACUAUAUAACGUAGCUGUGUUGGAUGGAAAAAGGCAUCAGUCGUUCCACGAUUCCAUCAGCCAAAACUUCUUCCUCCAUCAUGCAGGUCCAAACUGUCAUCAUUUUCGUUUCAUUGGCCGGUGUUUUCACUGCUGGGCAAGAGCAGCCGCAAUAUGAAAAUGUAGCGGCCAAGUCUUCUUAUGAGCAACAGCAGGCUCCAAUGCCGCAUUCCUUUGCGUGGGCUGUUAAAGAUGAGCCCAGCAAGAACGACUACUCUCACCAACAGGAGAGCGAUGGCAAGGUGACAACUGGAUCCUACCGUGUCAUUUUGCCGGACGGCCGCACUCAGAUCGUCACAUACAAGGCGGAUCAGAAUGGAUAUGUUGCUGAUGUCAAAUACGAAGGUGAGGCUCGCUAUCCGGAAUACAAGCCUUCCUCGUACAACAAACAAGCGGAAUAUCCUACUCCGACCGAAGCGGCCAAACCGGAAUACCCCUCUGCUUAAGAAUUUGUUUACUUAGCUUGUUUUUCUAAA